AUGGCUUCCCACCGUCGCGUGAUUCUCGGUGGAAGAGGCGCCACGCUAGUGGCCAAGGAUGUCUUCGACAUUGCGGCACGCGACUCGCACGUCGAGCUUGACGCCGCCGCCACAGACAAGCUUCAACGGGCAUCGGACCCGCUACCUAAAGCCGCAAAGCAAGCCACACCCUCAGCCCCUUCUGUACCGUCUGCCGACUCGGCCGCGUCGCACCCGGAGUUACUGCGACGCGAGCAGAUGCGCGCAGCGCUCGCCGUUCAGGCGCUGCAGCUGCUCGGCACGGCUGGGAUUGCGGCGUCGUUGCGGCCAUCCGUGCCGCAGUUCCUCGCGGAUCUGCUCAACUCGGGCGUUGAUCUCGCGCUUCCCGCGUCCAACACAGACGCGCCUGUUGUGCAGGCCGUGCAAGACGCCUUGCUCGGCCAAGGAUCGGCCGCCACGUGGAACGAGCACGGCACGGCGUCCUUAUCGUCUCUUGACGACGCGCUAAAAUCAGCCGUCGUACCUGCGGCGAGCGGUAAAGCCGCGGAAGCAUCCAAGGGGCUUACUUCCCCGUCCUUAUACGAGCACGAGGCGGCCGCCUUUCAGACAAGCACGGCGGCGUCGGUGGGCGUGGCGGCUGUAGCGGUGCACGCCGCGUCGUCGCUGGUGGCUGUAGCAGACGCUGUCGCUGCUUUCUCCUGUGAGGCGCUCCGCGCCAACGUGGCGGAAAUGCUUGACGCGGAGACGGCGGAGGGCGCGCACAAGGCGCAGGCGGAAGUGGCGGGUGACAUGCGCGCGCUGUUGGCGGGGUCCAAGUGCGUCAAUCCGCGCAAGGACGCAGCCAAUUUGCUCGCCGUGCGCGGCAUUCCGCAGUGCCACGGGCCGCUCAGGGAGGCGGUCAAGACCGCCGUGAGCGCCGUGCGCGUCGAGCUUAGCUGCGGCGGCGAGAGCGGCGCAGCUGGCGGCGCUGAGGGUGGGGGAAAGGGCAAGAGCGGCGCGGCGGCUGGUACGCGUCUGCAUGUGCCGUCGGUGCUGGUGGCCGGCCACGUCGCGUCGCUUCUCCGCGCGCUCUGUCCGCUCGGCGCCUGCAGCGUCCGUCGCAUCUCCGCAAUGGUCGCGGCGCUGUCGUCGUUGCAGCCGCCGCCAGCAGCAGCGGCUCCAGAUGCGGCACCUGCCGACUCGGCCGUGCGCGCUGCUGACGGUGGAGCAGCCCUUACCGCGCCAGAGCACGCGGGAGGCGCGGCGGGUGAGGUGGCAUAUGCGUUAGUGACGGCUCAGGAGACGGUCGAUGCCGCCAAGGUGACAGCGGGUGACGUGGCGCAGGCGGUCGCGGCGGCUGACCCGCUUGGUGCGGAAGAGGAAGGGGCAGCGGGCGCGGCGGGUGGGGCGGCUGGACGCGGGAGAGAGCGCGGGGCGCGGGAUGACGGCGUCCCCGCGCUGAUGGCGGCGCGCGCAGCGCUGGCGACAGUGGAGGCGCUGCGGAUGGUGCUGGCGCUGGAAGCCGUGGCGGCUCUGCGGCUGCUGCGCGCGCGAGAGGCGGCGCUGGCAGCGCGCACGGGGGGAGGGAAAGCGCCGAAGAAGGAAGACGCGAAGGCCGCGGAAGGCGCAGCGGAUGGGCGGAAGGCGGGGAAGGAGAAGGAGGGCGGGAAGGACAAGAAGGGGAAGGGAGGCGGAGGCGGAGAGCUCGCUCUGGGGCGCGGAACGGCCGUGCUGGCCGCCUUCUUGGACGGGAUCGUGGGCGCAGCGCAAGACAAUGCCGGGGGGGACGGCAUUGCGGCGGGCGCGGGCGCGGGCGCGGGGGUGGUGGCGGUGGUGGGCGCGGUGGAGCGCGUGGCGGUGGCGCUGGACCCGCGCGGCGACGAGGUGGCGCAGCUGGAGAGCGCGCUGCGAGGCGCCAUUGAAAGCAACGAGUCGAGGCGCGCGCCUAAGAUAGCCAAGGGCACGCGCGACUUCCUGCCGGACCAGAUGGCGAUCCGCGAGCGCGCGUUCGCGAUCAUCGCGGCGGUGUUUAAGCGGCACGGCGCGGUGGCGCUGGACACGCCGGUGUUCGAGCUGCGCGAGACGCUCAUGGGCAAGUACGGCGAAGAUUCCAAGCUCAUCUACGACCUCGCCGACCAGGGCGGGGAGAUUCUGUCGCUGCGGUACGAUCUGACGGUGCCGUUCGCGCGGUACCUGGCGAUGCACAGCGUGGGCAACAUCAAGCGCUACCACGUCGCGCGCGUCUACCGCCGCGACAACCCCCAGAUGAACCGCGGCCGGUACCGCGAGUUCUACCAGUGCGACUUUGACAUAGCGGGGCAGUACGCGCCCAUGGUGCCGGACGCCGAGGUCGUCAAGGUGCUCACGGAGCUGCUCGACGAGCUCGCCAUUGGCGACUACGAGAUCAAGCUGAACCACCGCGGGCUGCUGGACGGCAUGCUGGCCAUCUGCGGGGUGCCGGCGACCAAGUUCCGUGCCAUCUGCUCCGCUGUGGACAAGCUCGACAAGGAGCCCUGGGAGGCCGUGCGCACUGAAAUGAUAGAGGAGAAGGGACUGCUGCCAGAGGUAGCAGACCGCAUAGGCGAUUUUGUCAAGCACAAGGGCGAGCCGCACCACCUGCUCGCCACACUCCAGGCGCCCGACUCGCCCUUCGCCGGCCACGCUGACUCGCAGGCGGCGCUCGCUGAGCUGGCGCUGCUGUUUGACUACCUGGCGGCCAUGGGCGGCGCGGUGCGGCGUGUAGUGUUUGACCUGUCGCUGGCGCGCGGGCUGGACUAUUACACGGGGGUCAUUUACGAGGCAGUCUUCAAGGGCGGCAGCACUGUGGGGUCAAUAGCAGCGGGGGGGCGGUACGACAACCUGGUGGGCAUGUUCAGUGGCAAGCAGGUGCCGGCCGUGGGCGUGAGCCUGGGCAUCGAGCGCGUGUUCACUAUCAUGGAGGAGCAGGAGAGGAAGAAGAACCAGCUCAUCCGAGCCACGGAGACGCAGGUGCUGGUGGCGAGCAUCGGGCCGGACCUGCUGCGCACGCGCAUGGAGAUUGCCUCGGCGCUCUGGGCGGAGGGCGUGAAGGCGGAGUUUGUGCUCGCCGCCUCGCCCAACAUGCAGCGCCAGCUGGAGUUUGCCAACAAGGCCGGCAUCCCCUGGAUGGUCAUCUUUGGGUCUGCUGAGCUGGACAAGGGCACUGUGAAGGUGAAGGACUUGGAGCGCAGGGAGGAGGAGGAGGUGUCGAGGGCCAAUCUGAUUAUGUAUCUUAAGAGGAAGCUUGGGUUGGUGCAUGGCAGGUUGGAGGAUGUUGAUGGUGCUGCUGCUGUGGCUGCUGCUGCUGAUGCUGCUCCUGCGCAAUAG